UCCACAAUGGAGAAGACGGAAAGUGAUAAUCACACCAUUGAUCAGAAUGCAGGUCAGAUCAUCAUGCCGAGAAGAAAUACAGGAAACCUUAGCAACUUGAAUGUGGAUAUGCAAGUCACCAAUCCACCAGAAGCAGCAGCACUUUUUAGUUUACAUCAAGCACACCAUUUUGGUGAGUUUGAACACUCUUCAGAACAACACUGCAAGCGGGAUCUGUUCCCCAAGUGGCACUUGCCAAUGAAGAUAGCAUCUGUGAUCUCAUUAUUAACAUUUGUUUACACUUCUGUAAGAGACGUCAUAUAUCCUUUUAUAACGAGAAAGGAAAAUGUUUUCUAUAAAAUUCCAGUCCUUGUCAUAAACAAAGUUUUACCAGUGGUUUCAAUUACUCUUUUAGCACUAGUAUAUUUACCAGGAAUAUUAGCUGCUGGUUUCCAGCUGUACUUUGGCACCAAGUAUAAAAGGUUUCCACAGUGGCUGGAUAGAUGGAUGUUAUCAAGAAAGCAAUUUGGACUUCUCAGUUUCUUCUUCGCUGCAAUGCACGCCUGCUAUAGCUUAUGUUAUCCAAUGAGAAGAUCAUACAGAUACAAGCUGCUGAACUGGGCAUUCCAGCAGGUCAAACAAAAAAAAGAAGAUGCCUGGAUUGAACACGAUGUUUGGAGAAUGGAAAUUUAUGUGUCUCUAGGAAUUCUGGGACUUGCUUUGCUGGCCUUGUUGGCAAUAACAUCAAUCCCAUCUGUCAGUCACUCUUUGACCUGGAGAGAGUUCCACUACAUUCAGAGCAAGAUGGGAUAUGUAGCUCUGCUGCUAUGCACUGUUCACGCACUGGUGUUUGCUUGGAAUAAGUGGGUUGAUGUUAACCAAUUUAUCUGGUAUACACCACCUUCAUUUAUGGUAGCAGUUUUUCUUCCUAUUGUAGUUCUGCUUUGUAAAUGCAUACUGCUCCUCCCAUGUCUUAGGAAGAGGAUAAAGAAGAUCAGAUGUGGAUGGGAAGCUAACACACAAGCCAGUGAAACCAGCAUGACUUCCAGACUGUAGAUCAAAUAUGGACAUUUCCUGUCUAUGUAUGUAAAUAUGCUCAAGGCCAUGAAAUGUUUAAUGGAAAAUUUUAAUGUAGAUGUUUCUUUUUUACUUUUCAUUUCGACUUCAGGAGUAUGGAAUAUUUGAUGCAAUUUGGACAUACAUUUGCUAAAACAAAUGUAUGGUGGAAACAUUCAUUUUACACUUUAAUCUAUUCGGUGUUCUGGUAUUUUAUAAUUUCUUUCUUCUGACUCACUGCUUUUAAAAUUGAAGGGCUUCAUUGCCUCAGUCAUAAUUCUUUCGUAGGCAAAAGCAAUCAUAUAUCAAUGCUCCAGAUGACCACAGAAAGUAAAUAAAUUAUUACACCACAGAACCCAGGAAUGCUUUCUGCUUCCCACAGCCAUGUUUGUUCCUUCAUUAAAUCUCAGUAUUAUAAUGGACAACAACUAGAGUAUUUAUCAUCCCAUUCCCCCUUAUCACCUGC